AUGCAUAUCAAACAGAUCACGAUCCAAGGCUUUAAGAGUUACAAGAAUCAAACAGUGGUCAACCCGUUCUCGCCCAAACUCAAUGUCAUUGUCGGUCGCAAUGGCUCAGGCAAGAGCAACUUCUUCGCCGCGAUCCGCUUCGUCCUCAGUGAUGCCUACUCUCAGAUGGGUCGAGAAGAGCGCCAGGCCCUCAUCCACGAAGGUUCCGGCUCCGCGGUCAUGUCGGCCUACGUCGAGAUCGUUUUCGACAACUCAGAUGGCCGUUUCCCCACGGGUAACGACGAGUUGAUCCUACGCCGCACCAUUGGCCUCAAGAAAGACGAAUACUCUCUCGAUCGCAAGAACGCAACCAAACAAGAUGUGAUGCAGCUACUGGAGAAUGCGGGCUUUUCGCGCGCAAAUCCCUACUACAUCGUGCCUCAGGGUCGCAUCACACGAUUGACCAAUAUGAAAGAUUCGGAACGUCUGGAUGUCCUGAAGAGCGUCGCUGGCACACAACAGUUUGUCGCAAAGAAGGAAGAGUCCCAGAAGAUCAUGGUUGACACGAACAACAAGAUGGCCGCAAUUGACCAGACCUUUGACCAGAUCAAUGAACGUUUACAGGAGCUCGAGGAUGAGCAGAAGGAGCUGCGAGAGUUCCAAGAUGCCGAUCGCCAGAAACGCGCCCUGGAAUACACCCUCUUCCAUCGGGAGCAGGAUGAGAUCAAUAGAGCCCUGGCGGAAUUAGAGGAAAAGCGCGUCGGAGGCAUAGAUGACGCAGACGAGAAUCGCGACCGUUAUGCCCAAGGAGAGGAUGAGUUGGCCAAGAUAACCCACCAGAUCCAACAGCUCAACCAGCAAGUCCAGACGGCGCGCCUUCAGAAGCGACAACUCGAGGAAGAAAAGCGCGAAAAGGCCAAAGCAAGAGCUCAAGUCGAAUUGGAGGAGCGAAAUCUCGUCCAUGGACAGGCGGCGGCGCAGCGAACCAAGGAGACCCGUGAUAAAGAGCUACAGCAAGUGCGGAGCCAGAUAGAAGAAAUUGAGGAAGAGCUUCGUACCAUCGUACCACAGUUUAAUGCCGAGCGCACAAAGGAACAAGCGGUUAAAACACGACUGGAGGAAGCAGUUGCGAUACAGCAGCGGCUAUAUGACAAGCAAGGACGAAGCGCCCGGUUCAAGACUAAGAAGGAUCGGGACGCCUGGCUGCAAGCACAAAUAGACGACACCUUCCAGUCACUAUCUCGGUUCAAAGCCACUCGUAUGCAGACCGCCGAGGGUAUCGCCGAGGAUCAGAAGGCUAUUGCUGCUCUUGAGAAGGAGAUCGAAAGUCUUCAGCAACGACUCGGGAGCCAGGAUGAUUCCACCGACCGACAAAUUCAAGCAGCUCAUGAGAAGAAGGAAGCGCUCAUGGACGAGCGGAAGAUGCUAUGGCGCAGAGAGGCCCAGCUCGAUUCAGAAUAUGCCAGUGUCCAGGACGAUCUACGAAAAGCCGAGCGAAAUUUGUCGCAUAUGAUGGACGGCAAUACCAGUCGUGGUCUGGAUGCCGUGCGGCGAAUCAAGGAGCAGUACAAGCUUGACGGGUGCUACGGUACGCUUGCCGAGCUGAUUGAUGUCCCUAUGCAUCACACCGCUGUAGAGGUCACGGCUGGCAACUCCCUUUUCCACUAUGUCGUCGACAACGAUGACACGGCCACGAAAGUGAUGGAGAUUCUGAACACAGAACGAGCCGGUCGUAUCACUUUCAUGCCGCUCAAUCGACUGAAGCCAAAGACGGCGAAUAUUCCCAAUGCACAAGAUGCGAGACCACUCAUGUCACUCAUCAAGUACGACCCGAUGUACGAAAAGGCCGUUCAGCAAGUCUUCGGAAAGGCCAUCAUUGCUCAGAACCUCAGCAUUGCGGCGCAGUACGCUAGGACACAUGGCCUGACAGCUGUGACACCCGAAGGCGAUCGAUCCGACAAGAAGGGAGCUCUGACCGGUGGCUACCACGACGUCCGCUCGUCAAGGCUCAAGGCCACGAAAGCGGUUAUGGCUGCUCGCGAGAAAUUCGAGGCUGUCAGGACCGAGGGCAGGGAGAACAAGCGGAAGAUAGAGAAGAUCGACCAGACCAUCACAAUGGCUAUGGGCGUAGCCCAAGUGCUCGAGCAACAAAAGAACAAAUCACAAGGGAAUCAGAGGCUGCUGAGGCAGGAGAUCCGCAAUAAGACGGAAAUGCUACAGCGGAAGAGGGAUGACCUUGAGGCCAAGCAGAAGCAGGAAGCAGCCAUUGCCGCGCAGGUCAAGAUUUUGACUGACAAGCAGAGUGCUGAUCAAGCGGAGCUGAAUACAGACUUUAAGAAAGCACUGUCACCAGCUGAAGAGAAGCAGCUUGAGAAGCUCACUGCAGACAUCCAAAAGCUGAGGCGCGAGUACAAUGAUGUAUCCGCUUCGAGGGCAGAGAUCGAGACCAGAAAGGCGGAUUUGGAGGUCCGACUCAACUCGAGCCUGAAACCACAACUUGCGGCUCUCGAAGGCGAUGACAUGGACGCAGAGGGCGAGGGGGGUGGUACUCUGCGCUCCAAGAGGGCGGAGCUGGCACGUCUGACCAAAGAGCUGGAUUCCGUGCAGAAAGACCUGGACGAACUUGAAGAUCGGCUGGAAAGUUCGGCAGCCCAGAUUGCUCAGCUUGAGAACCAAGCAGCUGAGACGAGACGACACCAAGAGGAACUCGCCAAGGCCAUUGAGCGACAUCAGCGGCGCCUGGAAAAGUCGGUCCAGAAGAAGGCUGCUCUUCUUGCCUCGAAGCAGGAGUGUGCCGAGAACAUCCGAGAAUUGGGUGCCAUCACCGAGGAUCUGCGAAAGAGAUACCAGACCACCAGCUCCGAGGCCAUCGUGAAGAAGCUGCAAAAGGCGAAGGAGUCGCUGAAGAAGUAUAGCCAGGUCAACAAGCAUGCCUUUGAACACUACCGCAAAUCCAUGAAGCAGCGCGAGGAGCUGGAAAGCCGGAGAACGGAGCUCGAGGCGGCGAAGAAAUCAAUCGAGAAUCUCAUCAAGGUGCUCGACCAGAGAAAGGACGAAGCCAUCGAGCGCACCUUCAAGCAAGUCAGCAAAGCGUUUGCCGAGGUCUUCCAGAAGCUGGUGCCAGCCGGUCGUGGCCGCCUGGUCAUCCAGAGGAAGACCGACAAGGGACACGCACGAGACGAGGACGAAGAGUCAGACGCCGAACCUGUCAACAAGCGCGGCGUCGAAAACUACACCGGCGUGGGCAUCAGCGUCAGCUUCAACAGCAAGCAUGACGACCAGCAGCGCAUCCAACAGCUCAGCGGCGGGCAAAAGAGUCUUUGCAGUCUCGCCCUCAUCUUCGCCAUCCAGGCGACAGAUCCGGCCCCGUUCUACAUCUUCGACGAGAUCGACGCCAAUCUCGACGCGCAGUACCGCACGGCUGUCGCUGAUCACCUGCUGUACCUGGCCAACCGGGCGGACCUGGAGCCUGAAGACGGCGACGGACGACCGGUGGGUGGCCAGUUCAUCUGUACCACUUUCCGGCCGGAAAUGCUGCGGGUCGCGGACAUGUGCUUUGGCGUGCGGUUCGGGAACAACGUCAGUAGUAUCAGGCAGGAGACGAAGGAGAAUGCGCUGGAUUUCAUCGAGAGCCAGACUCAAUGA